GUCACGCAAAAUGAACACGAUAAAUUAUUCACCGAACGGUACAAAGGCGUUCUCAAUAAGCAAUCGACUUCGAGUCAAGCAUCGAAGUAGACGAAAAGAAAAAAUUCCCCGUAACGAACAAACUACACCCACCGACGGUGUUCUUCUCCGACGUUCCCCGCGGCUUCUGACUUUCUAGGGACAAGACGAGCAUGCGUCAUCAUCGCGGAUGAGCAGAGAAAAAUUCGUAUCAGUCUUUCGUCGUUCAGUCAACAUGGACACCGACAGAGACUUGAAAGUAGCCCUCGGAUGGAAUCGUGUGAACAUGAGACUGGUAGGCAUCUGGCCAGAGCCGAUUAAGAAGAAUGAACGAUGGCAAGAUUUCAAGGUGUUAUUCUUCCUGAUGGUAAUAUCGUUCUUCGGGGUCGGGCCACAGACCGCGAAUCUCUACUUCAUAGGGAGAGAUCUACAAUUGGUCACAGAGAAUCUGUCCACGGCUAACAUCCCCGGCAUAAACGCGUUAAUGAAGCUGAUCUUUUCUUGGUACUACAAGAAUUCUUUCAAGCCCCUCGUGCAAACGUUCUACGACGAUUGGCGAACGCCGUUGACGGAAGAAGAAAAAGCGAUCAUGAUGAAAGGGGCCAAGUCUGGUAGACUGAUCUCCGUUUGGUGCUCAGCACUGACUCUUCUCAUGGUCACUUUGUAUCUUAGCUCUCGGUCGUAUAUCGUCUAUCGAAGUGACAUUCAAAACGAGGAGAAGUACAGACUUUUAUUGUACCCUGGCUAUGUACCGUACGACAUUCGACGGGUAACACUGCUGAUAUUCGCGAACGUGGGCCAAGUGGUCGCCGGGUACUCGGCUGUCAUUUAUUAUACCACUGUGGACACUUUCAUCGCGAUGCUGGUGAUACAUUUGACCGGGCAGUUUCAAAUAUUGAGAAACAAGUUGGAGAAGCUGAUGGGGGACGAGAAUGGCGAUAGGAGUUCGUACGAGAUUCAACAGGAACUGGUUUCCAUUGUAAAGAGACACGAACAUCUCAAUUGGUCAGCCAGCAAAAUCGAUAAUUGCUUCAGCACGCUGCUGUUAAUUCAGAUGCUGCUUUGCACCAUCGAACUGUGCCUUCAAGGUUUCUACUUCUUCAAGGUGAUAUUGAGAAACGAGAAUGGACUCCUCAGCGUUGAUUUCGCAUUCUUCAUUACGUUCGUCUGCUUCAUUCUCGUACACAUAUUCAUUUACUGUUAUAUAGGCGACAUGCUCAUCGUCGAGUGUAAAGAGUUGAGUGACUCCGUGUACAAAUCGAAUUGGUUCAACGUUUCUCCUCCGAAUCAAGCGAAACAAAUUCUGUUCAUCAUGACUAGAUCCACCCGGCCGCUUAGCCUGACCGCAGGUAAAUUCGGCACUUUUUCCAUGGAAAUGUUCAGUACCAUAUUAAAAACAGCAAUGGGAUAUAUGUCGGUCUUACUGACAGUUUCUGACAGAAUACUUUUAACGUACUAUAUUUCACUUAAGAUUUCUAGAGUCGAUUAUUGUAAUUUGCAGCAACGGGAGAUGGAAUUCGCGAUGGGCUGGAAUCGUUACAAUCUAACGUUGCUUGGUGUCUGGCCGGAGCCGAGGGAAACUUCGAGUCUGUCACGGUUCCUGUCGAAUUUAAUAUUUUGGUUCGGUACCGUCGUGACAGUUACGUUCAUCUGUGCUCCUCAGACUGCGUAUUUAGUACUGAGAUCAUCCAGUUUGGACGAAGCCAUUGAGAAUCUAUCGGUCAACGUACCGAUUGCUUUCGCGGUGGUCAAGCAAGCCGUACUUUGGUACCGUAAAAAAGCAUUGGCUUUAUUGGUCAGCCAAAUAUUGGACGAUUGGCGCGAGCCGAUCGGCUCGCAGGACCGAGAGACGAUGCUGAAGAACGCAAAACUCAGUCGAAUCACGUCCAUCGUCUGUUCGUUUCUAACAUAUUUCCUAUUAGUCACGUUUAUAUCAUUGCAAGUUUGGAACAACAUGCAGAACACGUCGGAAGCUGACCUCGGAGGGCUUCUACAUCCAGCCAUGUUCCCAUACGACACGCAGAAGAGUCCGAACUUCGAGAUCACCUGGCUGGGUCAAUUUAUAGGCACUGUAUUGACGGCGAUAUGCUAUUCUUCCUUCGAUACUUUUCUAGCCGUUCUCGUGUUGCACUUAUGUGGACAAAUAACUGUCCUCAGAGUGACUCUCGAGAGUUUGGCGAGGAAACAAAAUGAUUCCUCGAAAUUCUUUAAGGAUUUGGGACUCAUUGUCGACAGACACGAUCAAUUGUUCAGAUUCGCAAUAAUCGUGGAAGACUGUUUCAAUCUCACGUUACUCGUUCAGAUCUCAAUCUCCACUGCCAUGUUCUGUCUCACUGGAUAUCGUAUUAUAAAAUCUUUAGACGAAGAUGAACAACCGGAUGGACAGAUAGUUGGCUUAGCGUUCUUUCUCAUACACGUGAUUUAUACUAUGCUGCAUCUAUUCAUUUAUUGUUACGUCGGGGAAAUGCUUCUGGAACAGAGUACCGGUGUAGCUGAAUCUGCGUACGAUUGCAACUGGCACGAUCUAUCACCUAGACAAGCUCUCUCGUUAGUCAUAGUGAUGUGUCGAGCCAGAGCAGCGUUUCAAUUAACAGCUGGAAAGUUCCGACCGUUUUCUCUCGAACUUUUUAACGCUAUAUUAAAAACGUCUGCUGGAUAUUUAUCCGUGCUGUUGGCUAUGAAAGACAGGCUCGAUUAGAGGUCAUGAUUAUUUUAUACGAUAAUUAAAACGUAGGAACGUUGGAAACUCGAUGGAUCGAAUAAAUAC